AUGAAUAACACACUAAUCCCGAAUGACACACUGACCCUGAAUGACACACUGACCAUGAAUAACACACUGACCAUGAAUGACACACUGACCCUGAAUGACACACUGACCAUGAAUAACACACUGAUCGUGAAUGACAUACUGACCCUGAAUAACACACUGAUCGUGAAUGACACACUGAUACUGAAAAACACCAUGAACCAGAAUAACACACUGAACCUGAAUAACACACUGAUCCCGAAUGACACACUGACGCUGAAUGACACACAGUCCCUGAAUGACACACUGACCCAGAAUAACACACUGACCCUGAAUAACACACUGAUCCUGAAUGACACACUGAGGCUGAAUGACACACUGACCCUGAAUGACACACUGACCCUGAAUAACACACUGAUCCUGAAUGACACACUGAGGCUGAAUGACACACUGACCCCGAAUUACACACUGACCCUGAAUCACACACUGAACCCAAAUGAUACGCUGACCCUGAACGACACACUGAUCCUGAAUAACACACUGAUACCGAAUGACACACUGACCCAGAAUAACACACUGACCCCAAAUAACACACUGACCCAGAAUCACACACUGACUCCGAAUUACACACUGACCCUGAAUCACACACUGAUUGCGAAUGACACGCUGACCCUUUAUAACACACUUACCCUGAACAACACACUGACCAUGCAUAACACAGUGAUCCCGAAUGACACACUGACCCUGAAUAACACACUGACCCUGAAUAACACACUGACCCUGAAUCACACACUGACUCUGAAUUAG